AUGCCCAAAUUCAAUUUUUGUGGCCUCCGUCCUCGCAAACCUAAGAAACUUCCUAAAUAUGACGAUGACUUUGAUGUAUUUUGCAAGUGGAAUGACGAUGAGAACACAUUCAACUGCGUCGUGCCUCUGGAUAAGGAGGACUUUAAAGAUGUCAUCAAGGAGGCUGACCUUGCCUUGAUAUUCUUUUUCCACCCAGAACUCCCCGAUAUGGAAAAAGGCCGGCAAAACUUCUAUCAGGCGGCGCUUCAUUCGCAAAGGAAAAACCACAUUUUUGGAUCUCUCAACUGUCUGGAAGAACCAGAGAUUUGCUGCAAGGUGGGAAUAGAGACGGUUCCUACCAUGAAGCUGUUUGCCGGUAGACGAGUCGCGGGAGAGAAAGAUCCGACAGCAAUAGAUUACAUGAGCAUCCUCAAAUGGAUGGACUCUUUCAGAAUCUAA